AAAUUCAUAUUAGUGUUUUCUUCUUCUUAACGGAGGCAGUUGAUAGCAUGCGGCUAGCUAACAGUUGCUGUAUCGCACAGUUGUUUAGCCACAUCAGGUGUUAUUUUAGUAUUAUUUAUCAAAGUACUAAAUAAAAUUAACGUUCUAUUAUCAUUACUCAACACUUUUAACAUGUCACAAUUUACACUUCCGCUUUGGAUUUGGUUCACGUGACACAACGUGACGUACGACGUACAUUCUGCGGUCAUUGAUAUAUUAUAUAAAUAUAAUUCCUUUGUUCCUAUGUCCACCCAGCAUACAUUAGCCUUAGAGCUGGGCGAUGUGGCCUUUUUUUAAAUAUCACGAUAUUUCUAGGCCAUAUCGCGAUACACGAUAUAUAUCUUGAUAGUUUGCCUUAGCCUUGAAUGAACACUUGAUACAUAUAAUCACAGCAGUAUGAUGAUUCUAUGUGUCUAAAUUAAAACAUUCUUGUUCAUACUGCAUUAAUAUAUGCUACUUUUAAAGGCCUACUGAAAUGAGAUUUUCUUAUUUAAACGGGGAUAGCAGGUCCAUUCUAUGUGUCAUACUUGAUCAUUUCGUGAUAUUGCCAUAUUUUUGCUGAAAGGAUUUAGUAGAGAAGACCGUCGACAAAGUUCGCAACUUUUGGUCGCUAAUAAAAAAGCCUUGCCUGUACCGGAAGUAGAAGCCGAUGUGCGCGUGACGUCACGGGUGUGAGGGCUCCUCACAUCUGCACAUUGAUUACAAUCAUAGACACCAGCAGCGCGAGCGAUUCUGACCGAGAAAGCGAAAAUUUCCCCAUUAAUUUAAGCAAGGAUGAAAGAUUUCGUGGAUGAGGAAAGUUAGAGUGAAGCACUAGAAGAAGAAAAAAAGUGUAGUGGGAGCAAUUCAGAUCUUAUUAGACACAUUUACUAGGAUCAUUCUGGAAAAUCCUUUAUCUGCUUAUUGUGUAAAUAGUGUUUUAGUGAGAUUAUAAAGUAAUACCUGAAAGUCGGAGGGGUGCAGUGACCGCCAGUGUCUCUGAGAGAAUUAAGCCAAUGGAGGAGCCAAGAUGACAGCUGCUGCAGGAAAACGCUAACUCCGCACAAGUCUCCGGGUGAGCACUGCUGGACUGUGUGCAUCUUCUCCAUGAGAGGCGAUGAGGCGACCCGGUGGAGGGAGGUGGGCUGCCAGUGGGAGCCCCAAGUGGGCUGGACCAGCGAGGUCGGCUGUCAGAGAGACGUCGACAGUCGUGAUGUUGCUGUCCAGGUGGACCUGCUCACUCAGACGCUCGGCUGGCGACACAAAGGCACGGCCGCCAUGCCGGUUCCGUGUUCGGCGCGCCAAUCCGCCGAACAAAAUGGCGGCGCAGUGUUGCGCAGGGUCAAAGCUGUUCGAAACGCCGUCAAAACACAGACGCCAUGCCUCCCCGUUUCCUCCUCUACCCCCCCGCAGCCGUCCGGCGCCCGUCCGCAGAGAAUACGACGCCCUCCCAAGUGGCGAGAAGACCUGCUGACGCUGCCCGAGCCCCUGUCUAGUGACUGCUCUGACCUGGCGGCGGCUGACGAAGCCACGCGGACGCAACUUGAGGCAGGUGUGUUGGCGGUGGUGAAGCUGGAGGACGAGAGCAGCGUGUGCGACGUGUGCGGUCAAGUGAUGAAGAACAAGUCCAGUUUGAUCCGUCAUUCUUUCAUCCACACGGGCGAGAAGCCGUUUGCGUGCCACCUGUGCGACCUGCGCUUCAAUCGCAGCGACAACCUGCGCCAUCACCUCAGCCACGUACAUCCAGGUGGCGUCGCCAGGCGGGAGAGGCGGCGGCCUAAGCAGACGUGGCUGUGCGACGCGUGCGGGAAGACCUUUCGCUGCAGGUCGGCGCUCAAGACGCACGAGGUCAUCCACCUGGGCAUCAAACCUCACCACUGCGACCUUUGCCCCAAGGCCUACAUGCGCACCAUUGACCUGGACCACCACAAGAAGACGGUGCACGAGGACGGCGGUGAGAGGACGCGGAGCGUUGGCUCGCUGCUCUGCGACUUCUGCGGCAAGGAGUUCAAGUUCCGGUCACAGCUGGCCGCUCACCUGCUGACACACACGGAUGAGCGGCCGCACCUGUGCGAGGUGUGCGGACGCAAGUUCUGCCGCCAGUUCCAGCUGGAGCGCCACAAACGGCUGCACCCCGACGGCUGCGUUGAGCAUGGAACGCUGCCUUGCCAAGUCUGCGGCCGGCGAUUUAACACGGAAGCGAUGCUCGCCGCGCACUCGCGUGUGCACACGGAUGAAAAACCCUUCCGCUGCGGCGUGUGUCUGCGCAGGUUUAUGAGCGGCGCCUGCCUAAAGAGGCACAACACACGAGUGCACCUCAAAAUGGGGCAGAAGGCGCCGACAUUCUCUGGCACCUCGCGUGCGCCCAAAGUCUUCCCGUGCUCCAUGUGCGGCAAGGUGUUCAAGUUCCCAUCCCUGCUGAACAACCACGCCGCCGUGCACAGCGAGGAGCGACCGCACUCCUGCGACAUGUGCACCCGCCGCUUCCGGCGCCUCAGCCACCUCAAGAGACACCGGCGAGUUGUCCACCUGGACGGCGCCCGCCCGCCACAGACUUUCAUCUGCCAUAUUUGCGGCAAGGACAAGAAGUGCCGCUCGCAGCUGGCCCGGCACAUCAUCAUCCACACGGGCGAGCGACCCUUCGGCUGUGAACUUUGCGGCGCUCGCUUCAAUCGCCAUGGCAACCUGCAGCAGCACAGGAAGCGAAUGCACGGUGUGGGGAUGCCGUGUGCAGACGAAGAGACGCCUGUUCUGUUUGAUGACCUCGACGGGGACGUGGUCGUUAGCUACAAACAGGAAGAGAUUGUGACUAGUGAAGUGGCCACGCCCCCUGAAUGAAGCUCUUACCUCCCGUUUAAUGCAAAGUUGUCAAUAAAACUUAAAUACCAAAGAUA